CAGGGUCAUCACUACAGGAUCCGUCAUCAUGUCUGGACCUGGCUGGGGGACCAGGGUCAUCACUACGGGAUCCGUCAUCAUGUCUGGACCUGGCCGGGGGACCAGGGUCAUCACUACGGGAUCCGUCAUCACUAAGGGAUCCGUCAUCAUGUCUGGACCUGGCCGGGGGACCGGGGGCAUCACUACGGGAUCCGUCAUCAUGUCUGGACCUGGCCGGGGGACCGGGGGCAUCACUACGGGAUCCGUCAUCACUACGGGAUCGGGCAUCAUGUCUGGACCUGUGCCGUGACCCGUCAUGUCUGGACCUGGCCGGGGGACCGGGGGCAUCAUUACGGGA